GUGGGCCCAGCCGACGCUUGCGCGGUGGCACGGGCGAGUGGGGGGGCGAGGAGGUGGAGGAGGAGGAGGAGGAGGAGGAGGUGGCGGCGAGAAGAUGGCGACUUCGAACAAUCCGCGGAAAUUCAGCGAGAAGAUCGCGCUGCACAAUCAGAAGCAGGCGGAGGAGACGGCGGCCUUCGAGGAGGUCAUGAAGGACCUGAGCCUGACGCGGGCCGCGCGGCUCCAGCUCCAGAAAUCCCAGUACCUGCAACUGGGCCCCAGCCGUGGCCAGUACUAUGGCGGGUCCCUGCCCAACGUGAACCAGAUCGGGAGUGGCACCAUGGACCUGCCCUUCCAGCCCAGCGGAUUUCUGGGGGAGGCCCUGGCAGCGGCUCCUGUCUCUCUGACCCCCUUCCAAUCCUCGGGCCUGGACACCAGCCGGACCACCCGGCACCAUGGGCUGGUGGACAGGGUGUACCGGGAGCGUGGCCGGCUCGGCUCCCCACACCGCCGGCCUCUGUCAGUGGACAAACACGGACGGCAGGCCGACAGCUGCCCCUACGGCACCGUGUACCUCUCACCACCCGCGGACACCAGCUGGAGAAGGACCAAUUCUGACUCCGCCCUGCACCAGAGCACAAUGACGCCCACGCAGCCAGAAUCCUUUACCAGUGGGUCCCAGGACGUGCACCAGAAAAGAGUCUUACUGUUAACAGUCCCAGGAAUGGAAGAGACCACAUCAGAGGCAGACAAAAACCUUUCCAAGCAAGCAUGGGACACCAAGAAGACGGGGUCCAGGCCCAAGUCCUGUGAGGUCCCUGGAAUCAACAUCUUCCCGUCUGCCGACCAGGAAAACACUACAGCCUUGAUCCCCGCCACCCACAACACAGGGGGCUCCCUGCCCGACCUGACCAACAUCCACUUCCCCUCCCCGCUCCCGACCCCGCUGGACCCUGAGGAGCCCACCUUCCCCGCACUGAGCAGCUCCAGCAGCACCGGCAACCUCGCGGCCAACCUGACGCACCUGGGCAUCGGUGGCGCCGGCCAGGGAAUGAGCACACCUGGCUCCUCUCCACAGCACCGUCCAGCUGGCGUCAGCCCCCUGUCCCUGAGCACAGAGGCAAGGCGUCAGCAGGCAUCGCCCACCCUGUCCCCGCUGUCACCCAUCACUCAGGCUGUAGCCAUGGAUGCCCUGUCUCUGGAGCAGCAGCUGCCCUACGCCUUCUUCACCCAGGCGGGCUCCCAGCAGCCACCGCCGCAGCCCCAGCCCCCGCCACCUCCUCCGCCCGCGUCCCAGCAGCCACCACCCCCACCACCCCCACAGGCGCCCGUCCGCCUGCCCCCCGGCGGCCCCCUGUUGCCCAGCGCCAGCCUGACUCGUGGGCCACAGCCGCCCCCGCUUGCGGUCACAGUACCGUCCUCUCUCCCCCAGUCCCCCCCAGAGAACCCUGGCCAGCCGUCGAUGGGGAUUGACAUCGCCUCGGCGCCGGCUCUGCAGCAGUACCGCACUAGCGCCGGCUCCCCGGCCAACCAGUCUCCCACCUCGCCAGUCUCCAAUCAAGGCUUCUCCCCGGGGAGCUCCCCACAACACACUUCCACCCUGGGCAGCGUGUUUGGGGACGCGUACUAUGAGCAGCAGAUGGCGGCCAGGCAGGCCAAUGCUCUGUCCCACCAGCUGGAGCAGUUCAACAUGAUGGAGAACGCCAUCAGCUCCAGCAGCCUGUACAGCCCGGGCUCCACACUCAACUACUCGCAGGCGGCCAUGAUGGGCCUCACGGGCAGCCACGGGAGCCUGCCGGACUCGCAGCAGCUGGGAUACGCCAGCCACAGUGGCAUCCCCAACAUCAUCCUCACAGUGACAGGAGAGUCCCCCCCCAGCCUCUCUAAAGAACUGACCAGCUCUCUGGCCGGGGUCGGCGACGUCAGCUUCGACUCCGACAGCCAGUUUCCCCUGGACGAACUCAAGAUCGACCCCCUGACCCUUGACGGACUGCACAUGCUCAACGACCCCGACAUGGUUCUGGCAGACCCAGCCACCGAGGACACCUUCCGGAUGGACCGCCUGUGAGCGGGCACGCCGGCACCCUGCCGCUCAGCCGUCCCGACGGCGCCUCCCCAGCCCGGGGACGGCUGCGCUCCGUCCCUCGCCAACGGCCGAGCUUGUGAUUCUGAGCUUGCAAUGCCGCCAAGCGCCCCCGCCAGCCCGCCCCCGGUUGUCCACCUCCCGCGAAGCCCAAUCGCGAGGCCGCGAGCCGGGCCGUCCACCCACCCGCCCACCCAGGGCUGGGCUGGGAUCGGAGGCCGUGAGCGCCCCGCCCCUGCAGACCCUCCCUGCACUGGCUCCCUCGCCCCCAGCCCCGGGGCCUGAGCCGUCCCCUGUAAGAUGCGGGAAGUGUCAGCUCCCGGAGUGGCGGGCAGGCUCAGGGGAGGGGCGCGCAUGGUCCGCCAGGGCUGUGGGCCGUGGCGCAUUUUCCGACUGUUUGUCCAGCUCUCACUGCCUUCCUUGGUUCCCGGUCCCCCAACCCAUCCGCCAUCCCCAGCCCAUGGUCAGGUAGAGAGUGAGCCCCACGCCGCCCCAGGGAGGAGGUGCCAGAGCGCGGGGCAGACGCAAAGUGAAAUAAACACUAUUUUGACGGC